GUGCCUGUAGAUUUACUUUGAACGGUUAGUUAACUUACUGAAAAGAGACGACAAGCUCAGCUUUCUCUGCUGGGGUAAUUAACCAUUUAUGUGAUCUUGUUUAAGGCAUUUUUUUGGUAAGGUAUUACGUUUUGCAUCAUUGGUUGCAAAAGAAAAUGGAAUGCUAGCUUCUUCCCCCAAAAAUCCAGCAGUAUAGUUUCGUAUGUGCAUCGGAGCUUGUGCUGAUCCUUUAAUGGGAGACAAGCUACGUUGUGGCCAGGGUUGUGGGCGUUUCUAUCGAAGACGGAGGUGCAACUACUGGGUGGGCCUGGAUGGAGUUGCUGGCCGGGUACGUUUACAAGGCGGCUUGCGAGGGCCGCGCUCUUACACUAGUGGCCCUGCUGCUGAACCGCUCGGUCUCCGAAACCCGUUAUUUGCUAAGCUAUGUGACCCACCAACCCCUCCAACGCUUAACUCCCCUUCUCAUUGCCGCCCAAAACGGACAUGAAACAGUUGUGAAGUUACUUCUCGAGCACUAUCGUGUGGACACCGAGCAAACCGGAACCGUCAUUUUCGAUGGGUAUGUAUUUGAAGGUGCUACAGCCUUGUGGUGUGCAGCUAGGGCGGGGCACUUCGAGGUUGUCCGCCUGCUUGUGCUACACAAGGCCAACGUGAAUCACACAACUCUCACCAAAUCCACCCCUCUGCUGGCCGCCUGCUUCAACGGCGACAUGGACAUCGUGCAGUACCUGGUGGAGCACCAUGCCGACAUCAGCCUCGUUGACGAUUACAACAACACCUGCCUGAUGGUGGCCGCCCUCAAGGGCUACACGGACGUGGUGAGCUUCCUGCUGCACAAGGGGGCCAACCCGGACGCCAGGGCGGACUGCGGGGGCACCGCCCUGCACUUCGCUGCCAAGGGCGGGCACCUGUACGUCGUCGACGAGCUGAUGCACUGCCACGCUUCCAUGACGACCAACGGCGACGGGCUGACACCCCUGCAGGUGGCGGCGGAGAACUGCAAGGUGGAGGUGGUGGAGCUGUUCCUCACCAACACGGACUGUGAUGUCAGGAGUCGGGUGGAGGCCGUGGAGCUGCUGGGUGCCUCACUGGCCACCGACCGCGACAACUACGACCUCGCCAAGGCCUACCUCUACCUGGACCUGGGCAUGGUGGAGCGGUACUGCGACCCUGACGAUGUGCUCGCCAAGGAGGUGCUGCCCCCCAUCGAGGCGUACGGCGGGCGGGAGGAGUGCUGCACGCAGGAGGAGCUGACUGCGAUCCGGCAGGACAGCAUCGCCAUGCGGAUGGAGGGCCUGAUUGUGCGCGAGAGGAUCCUGGGCUCCAGCGGCUUCGACAUCGCGCCCAACAUCGUCCACUGCGGCACCAUCUUUGCUGACAGCUUGGAGUUCGACCGCUGCAUCGAGCUGUGGCUGCACGCCCUGGCUUUGCGGCAGAGGGGGAACCACAGCGCGCACAAUGACCUGCUGCGCUUCGCUCAGGUCUUCACCAAGAUGAUCCAGCUGAGCGUGCCGGUGCGGGCCCGCGACGUGGAGACCGUGCUGCGGCACAGCGUGGCGGAGAUCGAGCGCUGCGCGGGGCGGGCGGCCGGCGCGCAGGGUCUGGACCUGCAUAUCGCUGUGGGCAACUACGACUUCAACCUCUUCACCUUGCUCUACCUGGUGGCCGUCUCCACCAAGAUGCAGUGCAACGAGGAGGGGCGCACCCGUGUCAACAAGCUGAUCUACAAGCUGCUGCGGCAGGACCCGCGCAUCCAGGACGGCUCGUCCCUGCUGCAUCUUGCCGUCAGCACCAGCCCAGACGACGACUUCCACACCAACGGUGUGUGCAGGUUCCCCAACGCCCAGGUCACCAAGCUGCUUCUGGACUGUGGUGCCCGGGUCAACGCCGUGGACCGGGAGGGCAACAGCCCUCUCCACAUCAUCGCGCAGUACAACCGGCCCGUCAGCGACUUCCUCACCCUGCACGCCGUCAUCGUCAGCCUGGUGGAGGCGGGCGCGCACAUGGACAUGACCAACAAGCAGAAGAAGACGCCGCUGGACAAGAGCACCACCGGCGUCUCGGAGAUCCUGCUCAAGACGCGGAUGAAGAUGAGCCUCAAGUGCCUGGCGGCGCGCGCUGUGCGGAAGCACCAGAUUGCCUACCGCAAGCAGGUCCCCAAGUCCCUGGAGGAGUUUGUGGAGCUCCACUAACACAGCGAACUUUGAACUUUUGUUGUUGUUGUUGUUGUUGUUGUUGUUGUUUUUCAGUUUUUCUUCCAAUUAAUCCAAUGG